GCCUGCCCAGCUCCGUCUCCUUCCGGGUUGCGGGUCGCAGCCGCCUCCUCUCCCGUGACCUGGGCCAUGGGGGCGGCCGCCGGUAGGGACGCCCGGGACGGUGCGGCGGCUCCGCUGGACCCCGGGCGCCGCACGGCCCUGCCUCGGGGAGGCAGGAACCCUGCGGCGCCCCGAGACAAGGUCUUCUUAAUCAAAGGUGGAAUUUUUCUAGGUACAGUUGCUACAGCAGGAAUGAUAGCAGGUUUUGGCACGACACUUGCCAUGGCAAAAAAGAAGAACCCAAAUUGGUUCAGUAAGGGUAUUACUGCUACUGCUGCAUUACCAGAGAGUGGUUCAUCACUGGCCUUACGAGCCCUAGGAUGGGGCUCGUUGUAUGCAUGGUGUGGAGUUGGAUUGAUAAGUUUUGCCACCUGGAAGGCUCUGGGCGUUCACAGUAUGGAAGAAUUCCAAACUAAAAUGCAAUCGAUGUUUCCAGCAAUUCCUAAAAAAAGUGAAUCUACUGUUGAAUGGGAAGACUUACUUAAAUCCAAAUGAAAGAAGCAGAAUAAUUUGGAGAUGUCCCUUAAAGUGAGAAGGGCAGGGGAACUACUGGAAGUGUCCCAUCCAAAAAACAGAAAAGAAAACUCAGACUGAGUGAAUUACUGAAUUCACUGAACCUGGAGAUGCCAGUGAGCAUCUAACAAGAAGAGAAUUUAUAAAAACAAUUUAUAUUAUGCUGUAUUUUUGCUGGUAACUUUUCAGCCUGUUUGAUAUAGUUGAUUGGUGAGGAAAUCCAAGGUAAGUUGUAUCCAUCUUGAAAAAAGAUUGUAUCUUACCAAAACCUGAAGAAGAAACUAAUCUUCAGUAGUAAAUAUAAUGAAAAUACAACAAUAAACCCUUAUCCCAUCCUGCCUCUCAAGAGAAAUUUUAGGAAAUUUCUCUAGGAAACAACAGUACUUUCAGUGUCAUUUGCAUAUCCCAUUAGGAAUAUAACCAACCAUCAAGUAAAUUUUAACAGAUCUGUUAAUGAGCCUGAAGGUAAAGUAUAGAGUGGACUCUUCUAAAAAUAAAGGAGAUAGAUACUUAAAGUUGCAACAGAGGAAGUGUCUGAACCACGCUAUUUUUGAAUGUCUGGAGGGAAAGCUAAAAGCAUCCGGAAUGCAAGGAAUGAGCUACUGAGCUUCUCUGUAGAGCAGCAGAAGAGAUGUGUACAAAGUGCACUUUGUUUCCUCAGUAGCAGCUUUUUUUAUUGCAUCCUACAAUAGCAAAUCUGAUCAUUUGCAUAAAAGCUGCUAUUGUAGUUGUAUAGAAAUCUAAGUUGUAAGUGAAAAUGGUGUAAAAUACUGAGACACCCAGUCUGUCUUAUACAACAAAUAUUUUCAACUAAGAAAAUAGACAGUCAGGUAUAGCUUUUUGUAUUUCAGUGGUUCCUGUGGCUCUUCUACCUGGAGAAUCCUAAGCAGUAUGUUAUUUUUCGCACUGCAGUAAUCUCAUGAAGUGUGGGCGUAAACAAGGAAGAAUAAUGUCUUAGUCAAACAUUGUAUUUGCAGAAUUGUAAAUCUGUAAAACUGCAGAAAUAAAAAAUGCUAUCACUGAACAA